UUGAAGGUUGUUUUGUUGACAUCAGGACGAGCGACGUUAAAGCAGAAAGGAAAGCAGUCGCCUAAUGAGCGAGAAUUCUUCCACAGCGUAAAUGAGCAGGAGAUAAAUUUCCGCGGACACGGAGAGCGUUAAAGACGGAUUCUGGCUUUGAGCCCAUGAUGCCUGAGAUCUGAGCACAUUGUUGCCUCUUCUCUGUCGCCUUGGUAUUUGACCUCUGACUCCGAAAGGACACGUCACCAUGGCAACCAAAGCAGGGGAUGACCCGGAGAGCCUCAUGUCUCUGUGCACCGUGUUCUGCCUGAAGAACCUCAGAAGAACCAUGUGCUACACAGGCGAGAGGAACAAACUGUGCCUACGUCCUGACAUCUUCUUACCCAGUGAGAUCUGCGACAAGCUCGUUAACGUGUACAUGGAGCUGGUGCACACAGACAGUGAGUUUGAGCCUCAGGAUGGUUUCUUUCAGCUCUUCUGUGAUCCACACAGCACCCGACUGAGCCGACUGCACCUCAGAGAGGACAUUGUACGAGACCGAGACCUCGAGGCCAUCGGGAAACAGGAUCUGAUGGAGCUCCACCUGACGUGCUGUAAUCACUUGACGACCCGGAGCCUCCGCACUCUGCACAACUUCCGCCACACACUCGUGUCCCUCAGCCUCUUUGGCUGCUCCAACAUCUUCUUGCGCAAGUCCUCCGCCGAUGACGAUGACGACGACGAUGAGGAUGACGAGGAGUUCUGCGAUGGCACUGACUUCUCGUUCCAGGGCUUCAGGAGGCUGUGCAUGUUGAACGUUGGCAGUCUGCCAGUGGAAGUAGACCCAGAAGCUCUGCUGAAGCCACUGGACACACUCAAAGCGCUGGACCUGUCCUCAGUCCACCUGCCCCGCCCUUUCUUCCUCGCACGGUGGAGGGAGCAGCUGGUCUCGCUCGUGCUCUACAACGUGGACCUGAACGAGGAGCUCAUCACCACCAUCCUGCACAUGAGCCGACUGAGGCAUUUAGAUAUCUCACGGGAAAAUCAGCGCUCCUCCAAGUUCAAGCUGACGAGGAAGAUCCUGACGAACAUCAUGCAGAGUUUAGGGAACCUCGUCUCGCUGGACAUCUCGGGACACAUCAUGCUGGACAACUGCACCGUGCCGUACAUCGAGGAGGCCAUGGGACCGCCCAGCAUCGAGCCCUGUAAGAGCAGUAUCUAUCCGUUCCAGGGGUUGAAGAGGCCUUUGCAGUUUUUGGGUCUUUAUAACACUACACUGUGUAACGUCAUGCACAUCCCAGCCUUUAAGGUGACAGGCUCUAAAAAUGAAGAGCAGGUGCUGAAUACUAUCGAAGCUUACACUGAACAUCGUCCUGAACUUGCACACAGAGCCAUCAACCAGCUGUUUGACUUCGUCCGGAUACAGCACUGCAACAACCUGGUCCGAGCAGUGCAGCUGGUGAUAGCAGCUCUGAAGUGUCAUAAGUAUGAUAAGAGUAUCCAGGUGACAGGCAGCGCCGCUCUCUUCUACCUGACCAGUACGGAGUACCGGAAUUAUCAGAGUGUGAAGAUGCGCAGGCAGGUCAUCGAGGUCGUACUCAAUGGCAUGGAGCAGUACCAGGAGGUCACGGUUCAGAGGAACUGCUGUCUGACUCUGUGUAAUUUCAAUAUACCCGAUGAGCUGGAGUUUCAAUAUCACCGUGUCAACAUGCUCCUGUUAAAGAUCCUCGAACCGGCGCGGCAGGACGAGUCCAUCCAGCGCAUCGCCGUGCAUCUGUGCAACGCCCUCGUCUGCCAGGUCGACAACGACCACAAAGAGGCCGUCGGGAAGAUGGGUUUCGUUAAGACCAUGUUGAAUUUAAUACAGAAGAAGCUGCAUGACAGACUGUGUGAUCAGGUGAUGGAGUUCUCAUGGAGUGCGUUGUGGAACAUUACAGAUGAAACGCCAGAUAACUGCCAGAUGUUCCUCAACUGCAGUGGCAUGAACCUGUUCCUGGAUUGCUUAAAGGAGUUUCCAGAUAAACAGGAGCUGCACCGUAACAUGCUGGGCCUGCUGGGUAACGUGGCUGAGGUGAAGGAGCUCAGACCUCAGCUUCUCACCAGCCAGUUCAUCACCGUCUUCAGUAACCUGCUGGGGAGCAAGGCGGACGGGAUCGAGGUGUCGUAUAACGCCUGCGGGGUUCUGUCCCAUAUCAUGUUCGACGGGCCUGAAGUAUGGACUGUGGAAAACCCGAACCGAGAGACGGUCAUGGACAAAAUGUGGGACGCCAUCCAGAGCUGGGACGUCACCUCGCGUCGCAACAUCAACUACAGGUCGUUUGAGCCUAUUCUGCGUCUCCUCCCUCAGAGUAUAUCACCUGUCAGUCAGCACUGGGCCACCUGGGCUCUUUACAACCUGGUGUCUGUGUACCCAAACAAAUACUGUCCAUUAUUAGUAAAGGAAGGAGGAAUUGCAUUGUUGAAGAAAGUUCUCGAACUAGAGUCUUCUCACCAGGACACAAAGACCAUGGCACGUAAGGUGAUGGAGCAGUGUGAGAAUUUUAAGGAGGAUCCAAUGGACACCAGCAGGUAAAUGGUGAAGAGCUGGAGAUCUCACCUCAGCGUCUGGUCCACUUUAAAACACACCUGGACAGCUCAGCUAAAGGAAGCUAAGGAAGCUCGCAGACCCCGCCCCCCACCUGUUCUCCAUGCCAUUCAGGAUUUUUCAGUCUCCUCCCUGCUGUGUGUGUGUGUGUGUGUGUGUGUGUGUGUGUGUGUGUGUUGGACUCAGAGGAACAACAUGGAUGCUCACCCUCUCUAUACACUCCUGUGAAAAUAAAAUUGACACUACACACAAGGGAGAUAAUUCACAUAGGAGUGUGUGUGUGUGUGUGUGUGUGUGCGUGUGUGCGUUUCAUAUUUCUGUUGCACAUAAUGAACAGUGUUUGUAUCAUCCAUUAUUGUUUUUGAGUGUUUUGUUACUCUGUACUUUUUACGUAUGUAUGGUGUGUGUGUGUGUGUGUGUGUGUGUGUGUGUGUGUGUGUGUGUGUGUUGAUAUAAAGAACAAAACCAGAGGAAAGUUCUCACGUGUUUGACUGAGAGCACGUAACAAGGACAGAAAGAAAUGCUGCUUCUCACUGUGUGUGUGUGUGAGAGAGAGAGAUGAGAUUCACUAAAUGCUCUUUUGCCCUGUGACAUCAUAACUCUCACAGACCUUCUGGAAUAAUGAUGUCACAGACUUUGAAUGAUGCCGCAUCGCAAUUUCGGAUUUCCGAGGACAAUUUAUGCCUUUAAUGGAGAAAGACGCGCACACAGAUUUCCCCUUGUAUGUUCUCAUUGUACAUAUUCCUCACAUCAGCGUUUCUCGUGUGUUUUUACGACACUCUGGUGACACGCACACCCCUCCACCGUCGUUAAAAAAUCUUCAGUUUAAUCCAAGUUCCAGUGUGGGAGUGAUGUUAGUUAUGUUUCAUUAUUAUUUUAAAAUCAACUUUUCUUUUUCCUUUUAAAGCCUCUGAUGGAAUGAUUUUGUGUGUGUGUGUGAGAUUUACAGGAAGAUAAACCAUGAUUUGUGGUGAUGACGAUCUGUAACGUUUCGACAGGGGUCAGGAUGAACAACUCGUAAAUCCAUAUCGCUUCAUGCUUAACUAAAUAAAUCAUCAGGACGGGAUUCUGUUCUGCUUUAUCCAUCGGGAAGGUUCGGGAGACGAUGCCGAGUCUUCAGUCGCCGUCGUCAGGAUGCGUCUUUGUCUUCUGAUCUAUAAAAACAAACAGUUUUGUAAUUUUCUACACACCAGUGGUUCUCAAAGUGAGGUCUGGGGAACCUCAGGGCUCUGAGAUGCAAAGCGAGCAGGUCUUUUUUGUUUUUUUUAAAGCUAAAAAUGUCAUGUAUUUAUAAGUUCCUGUUGUUAUUAGUCUGCUCACUUGAAAUGAAUUUAAUUUAAUUCGAGUUUAAUCCCGUCCUUACAAUCAAGACUUGUACAAACAUGUCCGAUUCAGUCUCAUGAAAAUGUAUAGAUGAAUAAACAUGUUCUGUCUGUGGAAGGGUCAGGAAUUAAACGCUCUAUGGCUUCAAUAAACAGCCGAAAAAAUAUUAUUGUACACAUUUAAAUCAUGAACCUGGUUUAAUUAAUAAAAAUAAAUCUGUA